AAAAUAUCAGAUGCGCCAGAGACACAAGUCUUGAAGCUCUGUCCUGGGAAAAUAUGGCAAACAGUGCCUCUCCUGAACAGAAUCAAAAUCACUGUUCAGCCACCAACAACAGCAUCCCACUGAUGCAGGGCAGCCUCCCCACUCUGACCUUGUCUGGAAAGAUCCGAGUGACGGUUACUUUCUUCCUUUUUCUACUCUCUGCGACCUUUAAUGCUUCUUUCUUGUUGAAACUUCAGAAGUGGACACAGAAGAAAGAGAAAGGGAAAAAGCUCUCAAGAAUGAAGCUGCUCUUAAAACAUCUGACCUUAGCCAACCUGUUGGAGACUCUGAUUGUCAUGCCACUGGAUGGGAUGUGGAACAUUACAGUCCAAUGGUAUGCUGGAGAGUUCCUCUGCAAAGUUCUCAGUUAUCUAAAGCUUUUCUCCAUGUAUGCCCCAGCCUUCAUGAUGGUGGUGAUCAGCCUGGACCGCUCCCUGGCUAUCACGAGGCCCCUAGCUUUGAAAAGCAACAGCAAACUCGGACAGUCCAUGGUUGGCCUGGCCUGGAUCCUUAGUAGUGUCUUUGCUGGACCACAGUUAUACAUCUUCAGGAUGAUUCAUCUAGCAGACAGCUCCGGACAGACAAAAGUUUUCUCUCAAUGUGUAACACACUGCAGUUUUCCACAAUGGUGGCAUCAAGCAUUUUAUAACUUUUUCACCUUCAGCUGCCUCUUCAUCAUCCCUCUUCUCAUCAUGCUGAUCUGCAAUGCAAAAAUCAUCUUCACCCUGACACGGGUCCUUCAUCAGGACCCCCAUGAACUACAACUGAAUCAGUCCAAGAACAAUAUACCAAGAGCACGGCUGAAGACUUUAAAAAUGACGGUUGCAUUUGCCACUUCAUUUACUGUCUGCUGGACUCCCUACUAUGUCCUAGGAAUUUGGUAUUGGUUUGAUCCUGAAAUGUUAAACAGGGUGUCAGACCCAGUAAAUCACUUCUUCUUUCUCUUUGCCUUUUUAAACCCAUGCUUUGAUCCACUUAUCUAUGGAUAUUUUUCUCUGUGACUGAUAGACUACACAAGAAGUCAUAUGAAGAAGGGUACGGUAAUGAAUCUCUCCAUCUGGGAAUGAUUAAUACAAAUGUUGGAACAUGUUUACAUACAAACAAAGCAGAAUUUACACUUAAGUUAUCAUUCUUCUAGAAACUCCAUGUUCAGAGCCUCAAUUAUUAAGAAAAAAUCUUCAGGAAAAAUACUAAAAUAUUUUCUCCUCCUCAUAAGCUUCUAAAUUAAUCUCUGCCUUUUCUGACCUCAUAUAACACAUUAUGUAGGUUUCUUAUCACUUUCUCUUUGCAUAAUAAUGUACUAAUAUUUAAAAUACCUGCAGCCUAAGGCACAAGGAUGCCAAAAAAACAAAAGUGAGAAACCACAAAGCAAGUCUAAACUCAGCAUGCUUUGGUGAGUUUUUCUCCAAAAGGGGCAUAUUAGCAGUUAGAGUUUAAUGCAAUAUAAUACAUAGAGCACAGAGCCCUUGCCCAUAAUAUCAACUUUCCCUCCUAUAGUUAAAAAGAAAAAAAAAUGGAUCUAUUUUUCUCUUUGGCUUCAAAAGCAUUCUGACAUUUGGAGGAGUCAGUAACCAACCCCACCAACCACUCCACCAACCUGACAAGACUAUGAGUAGUUCUCCUUCAUCCUAUUUAUGUGCUACAGGUUGUGAAGUAUCUCUAUAUAAAAGGAAAUUUUAGAGGGGUUAGGAUUUGGACAGGGGUUUAGAACAUUCCUCUAGGCUGUAUAGUCUGUGGAGUUUGUGGCAAUUAACUGCCAUAAAAUAACAAUGUUUCCAAAUGCAACUAAGAAAAUUCUCAUACUGAGUAUGCUCUAUGCAUAUUAUGACCUCUAUUUUAAUAAUGUGAAGAAUUUUUUGUCUCUCUCCUGAUCUUACUAAAUCCAUAUUUCAUAAAUAACUGAGAAAAAUUAAAACAAAAUUAAGCAAAUGCACAAGCAAAAAGAUGCUUGAUACACAAAAGGGACUCUGGAGAGAAAACUACAGCUUCAGUCUGUACAGAUCAAAGAAGACAGAACAUGUCGGGGGAAGGAGGGAAAGAUCUUGGUGCAGGGUUUCUUAAUCUGCAGUCUAUGCACAACACUAUAUUUCCAUGUAAUGUUUUUAUUUCAGCCGUAUUUAUAUUAUUUUGUGCAUUUAAAAAACACAAUCUUAAGGGGAUAGACUAGACUGCCACAGCAGCCCGUGGCACAACUAACAUCUACUGAUAUUCACAUUAAAUAGUAUGGUUUCCAAAAUAUGUCUGCACAACAAGACCUCUUUAUUUAAUUCAGGCUUGUGUCUACCUCUUCCAUGAAAAAUCGAAAGGGAUGAAAAUAAUGGGAGUAUAAUACCCAUUUAAUGUGAAAAACAUAAGAGUCUUAAAAGAAAUUAAGCCAUUUAAAAUUUUUUAAAUAGGUAAGAUACCAUUAUAUUUAUAUGAGCUAUGUAGUGCCACACAAAAGAUGAAAUAUAAUUUCUAAAUACUCCAGGUGCGUGGUAUUAUGGAAAGCAAAUUGCCAACUAAUGGUAAGUCCUUUCUUUCUUUGAUUUUCUCCUCUAGUGUUGUGUUGUUUUUUUCAUAUCCUACCUUAUUUUCCAAUUCUGUCUCAAUUGAACUCCCUCUGUGUUCUCACUCUUUCAUUCAUAGCUUCUUUUUCAUUAAACUCAUACCUUUAAUUAACCAAUUCAUGGCCCAGUUCUACAGUUGAAUUGGACAAGGCUAAAAUUCUGUAGUGUGCUAAAAUGCUCAAGUUGGCACGUAAAACCAUUCCAAGAUUUUAUAGUUCUUGUAGAUAAUGCAGGGAUGUAGAUAAGUUGAAACAAAACCAAUGUUCUCUAAGUCUCUAUCGUAUACUUAUUCCUAAACUGAUAAUUCUUACUUCUGGAUUUAAAAGGAAAAAUAACACACUUGUAUAGAUACUAUCUAAGGGCUUUAUCACACAUGUGUUUAACGAAUGUAUCUCAGCUUGGUUCUUCUUGCGUGCUCAUUAUGGAUCUCUCUCUCUUAGGAAUUGCCUCGGGCAUUUUUUUUUACACAUUAACUAAAGGGCUAUUCAAAAUCUCGACUCAGGGGUUCUUACCCUACAUUUCAUGCAAAAAAUAUAUAUAUUUCGAUGUAUUUUUUAUUUUAGUCCUAUUUGUAUUAUUUUAUGCAUUUAAAAACACAAUCCUGAGAGGGAUGGACCAGACUGUCACAGCAGCUCAUAGCACAAAAAAAGGUUAAGAAGUCCUAGUUGACUUUGUAUAUAUAUAAAGAAGUCUAUUACAAUAAAAAUAUAACAUAAUCUAUUCAUCUAUUAUAUGCAAACAUAAAAAUGUAAAUAUUGAAACAAGAUUGCUUCAAUACGCUUAUUGUUUUCAAACCAACAAACUCUCUUAAGGUUCAAUAUGUAAUAAAAAACAUAACACAAAUAAUUAUUCUAUAUGCAUAUUAUGGUCCAUAAAUUAUAAUGUGUAAUCUAUACAUUAUAAUGUAAUAUAUAAACUAAAAUUUAUAGCACAAAAGAUAAAUAUGGCUUUGAAAUUAAAGAUAUUCCACUCAACGGACAAUAUUUCAUAUUUGAUAUUACAAUUAUUUAUUUUAUGUCCUAUUAUAAUAAAAGGUGAGGACUCCUUGUAAAAAAGGAAAUGUUCCACAGAGUCAAUCUAAUAUAUCAGAUAUUUCAGAUUCUAUCUUGGUUUCUCUUCCUUUACUUAGCCUAUAAAACUAGUUAAAAAUUGAAUUUCUUUUAGCAAUUCAGUUUAGUACAGGAGUGACAUUAACUAAUGACAAUAAAUUGAACAAAGUCUACAUUAGUUCAAUUUAAGCCUAUUCAACAGAAAUAUAGUAGCUAAAAAAAUACUCUGGGGAAGGUACCACAAACAUUAUCUACCAGGGAACAUAGCAUAAAUGAGUUUGAAAUUUCCUGAGAGUGACCUUGUCUUAGAACUUAGGUGGUAGUCAUAAAGAGAUAAUGUUUUUAGGCAGUUAAAAUACUUCUAGAACUCCAUCUAUUUUACCUGUGGUCCACUUUCCUAUAUUGAACCAAUGCCUUGGGCUUCUGUAAUUACCAUACAUUGUGCUCAUAUGAAUAAAAGAAAUUUUAAAAGAAAAAAAAUCAGAUUCAAUCUCAUCUUUCUUAUCAUUUUUAUGAUUAUUAGGAAUCAAGUUUAAAACAAUUAGUCUAACUUUAAAAGUUAUAUAAAAUGUAUGCAUAGCAGCAAUAGAUAAAUAUAUACAAAAACUGUUAAUAUAGUUAUCUGCAUGAUUUCUUAAAAGUUUCUUCCUUGUGAAUUCCUGUAAUUCCAAAUUCCCAAAAUGAACUCAUAUUGCAUGUGUAUUAAGACAAAACAUAAUAAAUGUUAUAUGUGUGUG